UUCUUGCGAUGAUACAGGUGAGAACAGCUGAUCUUUCGCACUUGACGUUCCAUGGACAACCGCGCGAGAGAUAGUAGUUGUUGAAAGAAAAAAAAAAAAAAAUUACGUACAUACAUACGACAUACAUCGAUUAUUUCUACUGUCAGAGAGCCAGGCCUAUAGAAUAUAAUGACAAAUACUAGUUUGUACGUAAAUGAUAAAUGCGUAAGAUAGUUUUUCCACAAAACCUUAUUGUCAUCACUUUUCUCAAUUAUAUUACUUUGCUAUUGUAAACAAUGGCCAGCUCCUCACCGACUGCAAAUAAUUCAACCAACGGUUACAAUUUUAAAGUUGUUUUGCUCGGCGAAGGUUGCGUAGGCAAAACAUCUGUCGCUUUACGCUAUGUCGAGGACAAAUUCAACGACAAACAUAUCACCACUCUCCAGGCUUCGUUUCUCAACAAAAAACUCAACAUUAAUGGAAAAAGAGUGAAUUUGGCUAUCUGGGAUACGGCAGGACAAGAAAAGUUUCAUGCGUUAGGCCCCAUCUACUAUCGUAUGUCAAACGGCGCAAUUCUGGUAUACGAUAUUACUGAUGAGGACUCAUUUCAAAAGGUAAAAAACUGGGUGAAGGAGUUGAAAAAGAUGCUUGGCAGCGAAAUUUGCCUUGUCAUAGCUGGUAACAAAUUAGAUCUUGAGAGGGAUCGGAAUGUAACACAAGAAGAAGCAGAAGAAUAUGCCAGACAAGUUGGUGCAGUCCACUUUCACACAUCGGCCAAACAGAAUCAAAACAUCGAAGAAAUGUUUCUCGAUUUAACCCGCCGCAUGAUGGCACAUGCGGAUAUAGUUGAGCAAAAAUCUACUCUCACACGGUCAAAUAGCACGCGGCGGAAUGUCGUGGUUGUCGAAGACGAAGCUGAGCAAGAGAGACCUGCUUCAAGCUCCUGCUGUGGAGGAUUUUCGCAAAGUUCAUAGGUCGAUGACGUGGCUUAAGUUCUUUUUAGGAGGUUUGAGUUAUACAUACAUUGUAUAUAGCAGUUGUUUUACAAUUAUAUACCAUAAAAAUUUUCAACUUUUAAUGUGAUCAAAUAUACUGUAGUCGUUUUGAACACACACAGCCUGUGGAUCAAGUACGAAUUAGGUGGAUAUAUUUACACGUAUAUGAAAACGUAAUUGUAUUCAAUCAGAUCAGUGUCUCAUUCAUCAGUCGAUCAUAAAAAUUGAACAAUGUUGAAAUGAAUAAACUUUUUCUUUAUAUGUAUAUCUUUGAUAGUUUGAAAUUUCUAUACCUUGAACAAGCCAAUUAGAAAUGUCAACAGUAAAAUCAGUAGCUAGCUUCCCACUGAAGUCGAGAGUACAGGAGAUAUUUUACACUAUCUGUUAAGCGAUAUACCGUAUCAUAUGCACGUGGUGUACCACCAGGAGUAGAACAGAAUGGAUAUUCAGCAAUCUUUUAGCUGUAUCACUUCCAUGUAUACUUGCGUAGAUUCAAAUAUAUAAUAAUUAAUUUUAUAGCAGCUACUGUAAUAACUUUACAAUACUCGCAGUGUUAAAAUGUGAAAGAAAGUUAUAUAUAAUGCUUACUUCAGUUCUUAUCCGAUGUUAAUUAGUUAGCUUCACAUGGAUUAUUAUAGGAAUAACUUGUUAAUAACGACUUCGAAACUUUUUUGCUGUGGGGCUUUUCGAGAACCUCGUCAAAGUUUUUGAUAAAAGUGUUUUGUACGCAAAAUAAAUUUACGUAAAUCUGCCAUUGAAAUUCCCGAACAUUUUACACAGCAUAAUGUUCCUAUUGAUUACAAGCUCGUAAUAUAUAUAAAAGUAUAAUUAAUGUAUAACAUUGAACAAAGAAAAAAUCAAAUUUCAAAUUACUGACACAUUAAAAUUCUAGAAAAGAUUUAUAAGGAUACCUAUUUUGCGUUACUGUUACAGACUGUGUAAAUUCAUAAUUGUCUUUGACAUGGUGUUGCAUACUACUGUAUCGAAUUACCGUACCCAUACCAGAGACUAUAAAUGAUGUUAUUAUAUAAAUUACACUUGUUGUUUUGCGUUGCCAUAUACUGUAUUUGUAAAUAUAUUGCUGUCUAUUGGCAUAUAAUUACACGAAUAAAUUUAAUAUAAUUCACGACCUUACUGUUUUUUCACUAGUAUUAGCCUUUGGGACUCUGUAAAAUAGUAUUGAUGAUGUUUUCUUAAUUUAGGUGAGAUUCUUUGAUCAUAGAAUGGUUUUUUAUAAAUAGAAGAAAUGAGAAUUCGAUUGGUAUAAUUCGAUUUUAGUACUAUAUUGUUUUUAUUCAGAUCCGUAUGAUGUUCGAAAGAUAAAGAUACAAUGUGCUAUUCUAUCACAGGUACAUGGAUCGUGCAUACAUUUAGUUAUCCUAACAUAUACAGCUCUCGGUCAGAACUAUAAUGCAAUUUAAUAUAUGAUGAUAUUUCGUUGAAUAAUGUGUUGACAUGUAAAUUAUUUAGUAUUCGGAAUGACGAGCCAACCUAUGAUUGAUAUAUGUUUUUUGUCAUGUUCGUAAGUGGCAAUUAUGCAAUUAUGUAAUGCAGAUCACAUAGAAAUGUCAGUGGCAAGUUAUUUAUGUUUUCAUAAAUUGUGUGCAUGUCUCAUAUUGUUAGAUGCACGACAGAACAAAUUCGUUUCACACAGUUACACAUGUACUUUUCAAAAUCGGUUUUUUUCUUCUCUAAACAUAUUUGUUGAUACUCUCUUUAAAUAGAUUUGUAAUUUCUUUGAAAACAAAUUAAAUGCGUAUGCAUAAGAUUUUCUUUAACUCACAAUUUCAGUUUCUGACCAUGGAAUGAUUAUUUAAAUUCUUGUAUGAUUAACGCUGUGGAAAUAUAGCUUUUACGUCGCCAAUUAAAAUUUUUCUACUGAAUUCGUUCAAGAUUUCUGUUUUUUGUUACAUAGGUACAUCUAUUAUCUGUUCGUGAAUAGUAAUACCUAAGAGGGUCAAAAUAUGACAUGAACUACGGAAUAUGAUAAAUGAAAAGAAAAUGCAUCAUAUCUCAGUAUCGCACUUAUUCAUCAUUCUUAUGCCAGCAUAAAACAAUAUUGAAUAAUUUGCUAAUUCGAUUAUCAUAAUAUUUUUUUCAUUGUUCGUUACUAUAUGUAUUUAUAUCUUAUUCUUAUACGCCUUUUUAAUAUUUUAUUUAAAAAUCAGUACUAUAUUUAUAUAUAUCUAUACAUAUCUAUUCUAUGAAUUUAUACACCGUGAGAUUAUUUACAAUUUAUAAAUUACAGUACGGAAUGUGUCGAAGAUUGUCUAACAUUGUGUGACAAAAUUCUUUGAGUAUAAUAAAUUACUAUUCUAUGUAAUAUAAUUGAGGAGAAAGUUGACUUCGGUUACCAUUUACUGAAAUCUAUACAGAGUGUGUACACUGAAAUAUUGAUAAAACUGUUACUGGUGGUACGCAAGAAAUUCAAUAUAGCUAAGCAAAUGCACAUACCAAUCUUCUAAUUUGGAAUAUAAACGAUUAUCUUUCACAGUAUUAUAACGCAUUGAAAUACUUUGUUUCCAAGAAAUAUUCAAUCUUCGAUAAUCAUUCCGUAAAAAAUAUAAUAAUUACUAAUUUUAGCCAUUUAAUUAGACUAUUUUGUGAGUAUACCUACAGUUUACACUGAUUACAUUACAUGACGUUUUCAUCUAUCUUUGGUAUACAGUGGUAAUUUUUCCUUUUUUUUUGUAUAAAUAUUAUUCACAUGUUCAAAACUGUCAUACAACACUGAUCAGCUUGCUCGCAUUCAUUCUACGAAACACUCAUGACGAUCGCAGCAUA